ACAGCAACCUGACCGACGUUUGACGUCACGCCCCCUCGUCCCUCUCUCGGCGCAUGCGCAUUGCAGUCAGCAGCAGCAUCUAACAGCAGCAGCAGCUUUGGGGCGAUUCCUCCUGUCCUGAUGGGCGAGGAGGAGCCUGGAGGGGCAGGACGGGGUACCACCACUGUAUAUGCCCCUAGAAUAGGGCGCAACCUGAAGGCCUGGCUGCAAGACCAGUACUGUGACCAUCAUUCAGAGCAGUGCCAGGACCCACUGCUGCACAAUGCCGCAUGUGUGGGGGACAUGGAUACCCUGAGGACCCUGUUACAGGAGGAGAGGUUCCUGCGCCGUAUAAACGAGAAGUCUGUGUGGUGCAGUGGUUGGCUUCCCUGUUCACCUCUUCGCGUUGCGGCCACCGCUGGUCACGCCGACUGUGUGUCUCUCCUUAUCCAACAUGGGGCAGACCUGGAACUGGUGGAUGUAAAAGGUCAGACCCCACUCUUUGUGGCUACAGAGAAUGGACACUUGGAAUGUGUGCAAGUUCUUCUGAAAGCUGGAGCAAAUCCAAAUGGCAGCCCACAUAACAGGAGCUCCCCAGUAUACCAUGCGGCUCGAGUGGGCCGUGCCGACAUACUACAAGAGCUAAUCCGAUACGGUGCAGAUGUGGAUGUUGAUCACCAACUGUCAUGUGGUUCUGAGCCGCGAUGUCUGACCUCCUUGUCUUGCACACCACUGUAUAUAAGUGCAGCCUACGACAAUCUACCGUGCUUCCGACUCUUGCUCCAGGCCGGUGCCAAUCCCAACUAUAAUAGCUGGGGCUUGGUUUCUGAGGCAAACCUUUCCCGGGCGUCUCCAACCUGCCUGCUUGAGGCUGUUCUUCACCACGGCUGUGACUAUCAGUUUGUUCGGCUACUCAUUGACUUCGGGGCAGAUCUGAAUCUCGCGUGCAGGGAAUCGGGUGCUGGAGGACACACCAGACAGAAAGUGAAUGCAGAAGCCCUGCAACUCUUCAGAGAAGCAAAAUGCUGUCCCCGGAUCCUGUCCAGCCUGUGCCGUAUUGCUGUGAGGAGGGUGGUUGGAAAACACAGACUGUUAUCGAUUGGAAGCCUCCCCGUCCCUCAGCGUGUCAUACGCUUUCUGCUCUAUGAGGAGUAAUGGGCUCCACCACACAGGACCUGCUGCUCUAAAGCUACCCGACAUGGAAAUCUCUUGCUGGCAAGCCACAGGAAUUGCACGAGGCCUUUGCUGCAGGUUGUUGUCCUAGUAACUGCCACUCACUGAAAGUUAUUUUGUGUUCCAUUCUCUGGACUGUUGUGUGUGAAUAUCCCUGGAGAUCAUCAAACCAUCCCUUUGGCGCCAACAACCAUUACACGGUCAAAUUCCCAUAGAUCAGAUUUCUUCUCCAAUCAGGUGUUUGGUCUGAACAACAACUGAACCGCUUGAACAUGUCUGCAUGCUUAGCUGCAUCAAGUUGCUGCCACAUGAUUGGCUUAUUAGAUAUUUGCAUUUACAAGCAGAUCCAUCUGAUAAAGUGGCCAUUUAGGGUAUAAUUCUACAUAUAACUUGUAUUUUGUGUAGAACUACACAAAGCAAGAUCGUGGUUAUGUAUUUGUUUUAAUAAUUUAUAAAUUACUGUUUUUUUUCAGCUUCUUCACAAUUAAAACUUUAUAUAUGUA